AAAAAAGAAAGAUGGCAGAGGAAAAUUGCGGAAGAGAAAAUUCGAAAAUGAAAGUCACAUGCCAGGCUCCCAUGUAUUAUUUAGCUUUAACAAAGUUUUAGAAACAUGUUUCUCAACGAUUUGUUUAUAGGAUAGGGUAAAUUGAUGUUUUAUUUUGUUACAAACACACGCUGUAAAAAGACCACUCCGUAACACCCAGUUUUUAUUCGUUCGUAUAAAAUGAGUUCUGCAUCGGGACGCCAUCGAGCGUCCACACGGCAAUACUCUGCAGAAGAACAGGCUUUAAACCAGAUCUCUAAAGAGGCUGAGUCCAGACUUGCUGCAAAAAGAGCUGCUCGGGCAGAAGCUCGCGAAAUCCGACUCAAGGAAAUUGAGCGGCAACAAAAACAGGAGGAAGAGAGACAAAAAUCCCAUGAUGUGUCUUCAGAUAGCCAAUCUAGUAGGGUACGAAAUGAUUACAAUGAUUCACGGAGAGGAAGUGACGAUUCGAGCUCCGCAGCUGAAGAAAUGGACACAUCGCGUGACCAUCAGAGAGAAAUGAGGGCCAAGAUACGAGAGAUGGACGAAAAAUAUAAAAAGGCAAUGAUGAUGAAUGCCCAGCUAGACAAUGAGAAACACAGCCUCGUUUACAAAGUAGAACUGAUGAAAGAUCAGAUGGAAGAAAUGGAGGAAUCCUUCACACAGCUACAAAGAGAAUACAAGGAUAAGUGUAGGGAUUUAGAAAUGCAGAAGAGAAAUGUAAAAGAUAUGGAGUUUGAUUAUAAUGUAGCAAAGGAACAAUUGGCAAUAAAGGAAAAGUUAAUACAGGAAAGUGGUUUAGUUAUAGUCUCUUCUGAUGAGGGAGUUCUCUCCCUUGAAAAAUGUCUUCCAAAUGGUCAGAUUCCUCAGGGAGGGGGUCUCCUUAUUUCUUCUGAUGCCGCGGAACUGCUAGAGAAAGCUGGUGUUGGCUCAUUAGAUGAUAGAUUACGUUCCUUUUUAGAGGAAAAAACUAAUUUGUUGAAAGAGAUAAAAGGUUUAAAGGAUGAGCUGGAAGAAGAGAAGUCUAAAAGAGAACACAAAACAUCCUCUGUACCACAAAUCAAUGGUCCAGAGAUGCAACUGUAUGAAGUUCAGCGGGAGGCCAGUAAACAGAUACACGAAUACAAAUUAAAAUUACAGAAAGCGGAGCAGGACAUCACCAACUUAGAAGGAACGGUGACAAGGUUAGAGACACAAGUCAAACGUUACAGAACUGAGUCAGAGGAAUCAGAAAAACUGGAAGAUGAGUUAAAAACAGAGAAGAGGAAAUUACAAAGAGAGCUCCGGGAGGCACAAACACGAGUGGAAGAAUUGACAAACCAAAAUAAACAUUUACAAAAUAGAAUAGAAAAAAUGAAACAAGCACGAGCUUUAGCUAGCCAAUAGCCCAGAGCCUCCAGGUUCUGAUAGUUUCUUUUAAUUGAGAGUGUUUCUCGUCGUGGCUAGUCUCACUCGAUACAGGACCCUCAUCCACAAGGAAGACAUGCUAGCCCGAGUUGCCUUUGCCAGAAUUGUGAUCUUGUUCAUGUAAACUUUUAACAAUAUUGCCCUGUGAUUGGAGUGAAGAAAGAGUCUCAAAGACCUGGAUUGUUUUAACUGUUGUUCCAAAGUACACUUUGUCAUUAACUGAUUCUAUUUCUCAUAUUCUCAUCCACACCUAUUGUGUAAUCAGUUUUAUCACGUCAUUGCUAAUACCUUAAGAAUUUAUUUCUGUAUCAUUCACUUUAAAAGUGGAAAGCUGUUAGACUGUUACUUUUAUUGUAUUUUACCUAAGUAUAGACAUAUUCACAAUACUGGUACAUAUUCAUAAUGGGCUUGAUCCUGUAAUAUUUAUAAUUCUUUGAUAUUUAUUUUUCUUUUGAUAUGAGUUGAGUAAGGUAAAACUGUAUCCUGUUCAGUAUGUAGAAGUGAUAGAUAGGUAAAUGCCAGUCUUUUUUUUUCAACAUAUUGUACAAAGCUUUAUUUUUUCAGCACAAAGAUAGAAACUCAAAAAUUAGAAAUUCAGUGAUGGAUUUUGAAUACAUGUUAAUACGUUAACAUAUUCAGUUUACAAUUGUAAGAACUCUUUGCUGGUGCAGUUAACUUAAUUUUCCUAUUAAUUUUAAUUGAAUUUCUAAUUUAAAUUAUAAAUGAGAUGCAGAUUGCAGAAUUUGUAUGUUUGUGGGAGUCCUUCUUUGAGUUUGUAUAUUAUGUAUUGCGUUAUUGAUAUAAAUAGAUACUGCUUCUUUGUGCAAUAGUGCAGAGUUUUUUUUUCUGACAAUAAUCUAGAAGGCAAUAAUCACAUAUUUAAAUUCUUUGAAAGCUAGGGUUUCUUUAACUGUAUUCGUAAUGUUUGAUUUGAGGAUCUUCCAUUUUUUUGUUGCAGAUUAAUUUGUUGGAAUAUUGAAAUGUUUGAUAACUUGAGAGUGUUUUUAAUGAUAGAGAUCAUAGAAUAAUAAGAGAAAGGAACAUAACUCCUUGUUUAAUAGUUUCAUCUAUAGUAGCCAUGUGUUAUCUGUUUGUGUAGGGUCAGCCAGAUAUCUCAGAAAGUCUGGAGCAAGUUUACUGAUAAUUAUACAUACAAUGAAAUUUCUACCAUCAAUAUCUUGAGUACCAUAUAUUUGUCAAAGUGUAUUAGAAGUCCGAACCACUAAUUCAUUGUGCUUUUAAUCUAAUUUAUCUCAAAUUCUCCCGUAUCUUGAAUUUUUUUUUUCUGAAGGUUGAGAUAACAAGGUUUGGCUGUAUAUAUGCAUAUAUAUACCUUUUUUUUUUGAGGCAACCACUGUGUCAUGAAAAGUCAUGUAAUAAUCUUUUAGAAAGAUUAUAGAUUUACCCAACUUUAAAGUUGUAUGAUGUCAAUAUUUCACAUAAACUUGGAUGGUGGUUAUAUGGAAUUUUUAUGCAGUUUAUGAAAGAAUGUAUUGCACAACAGAAUAUGUUGUCAAUAAAGUCUCUGCUUUUUACCAAAA